UUCCCAGCCCAGACAGUGAUACAGCUGCUCAGGAUGCUCUCGAUAGUCCCUCUAUAGCAGGGGUGUCCAAACUAUGGCCAAAUGUGGCCCGCAGCGUGCAAAAAUACCUCCCCCCUCUCAGCAUCCAGAAAAAAAAAAAGUUUCCUACAAAGGAGUCAUUGGGGGGCGGAACCUACAGUGCUUCAGUGUAGACUCGAGGAAGCUUGUCCUAAACUCGCCUACCCGUGACUGGAGUUUUGAAAGCAUGGAUCCAUUCCCCUUCUACACUGCUGCCUAACCUGGGCUGGAUUUCUUGCAUCCGAUAAACUAUCUCAGGAAUUGGGCCCAUGCAGGACUCUACCUACUGACCUGGCCUUACCAUGGAUGAAAAACCUCAACAUUCUCAUUGUGUCAACUGUGUCAGCCGACGUUGUAUGAUCAGGCCCGACAAUGGAGUUUCCUGUGAUUUGAUUGGGUGUCCGCAUGUUUGUGGGGCAGUCUUUCAUUCUUGUAAGGCUGAUGAACAUCGGAUAUUAUGCCCCCUCGAACGAGUGCCUUGCUUAAAUAAUGGCUUUGGAUGCCCUUUUAUUGUGACCCGGAACAAGCUAGCAGAGCAUUUGCAAAUAUGUCCAGCAAGUGUAGUAUGCUGCACUAUGGAAUGGAACAGAUGGCCAGUAAGUUAUGCUGACCGAAAGUCUUAUGAAAACCUGAGUAAAGAUGUUGAUGAAGUAGAGCAGCUGGAUAUGGCCUUAGCACUCCAAGAUCAACGAAUGCUUCUGGAAUCCCUUAAAGUGGCAACCACAAUGCCAAAGACAACUGAAAAACUUGAGUCACAGGAACAAAUUUCUGUGGAAUCCGUUAACUGCGAUAAGCCGACUGCAAACGGAAUUGCAAAUGGACUGGCUAAUGAAAUUACGAAUGGAAUUGCCAGCAGACUCUCAAAUGGGCUUGUUAAUGACAUUACAAAUGAAAUUACUAGUGAAAUUGCUAAUGGAAUUGCACAUGGCGUUUCAGAUGAUGAAGAUUCAUACAGUGCACUAUAUCAAGCGACUGUGGAGACCACUAAAAGUUUAGCAGCUGCACUGGAUAUUCUUAACAAUGCCACAAGAGACAUUGCCACGCUGAAUGGAAGGUUACGAGAGGCAAGCUGUGAGAUGAACAAAAAUUUUCAGUUGCCGGAACAGAAUUUUAUUGGGAACUAUAAUAACAAAGAUCAGGAAUAUGAAGAGGAAGAUAAUCUUGAAGCUGCAGGUGGCAUUGCCUGCAGCUCAGUAAAACACGGAUAUCAGAACGGUUCAAGUGAUUUCUACCCUGGGUCAAAUGGUCGCUAUGAUCCAGUUAAUGAAGAUGUUCACUUAAAUAAUCCACCUCUUUUGUGCAAUGGAUUUCACACUCAAAAUAAACAUAUGUGUAUGGGCCUAGAUCCAGGGGAUAUGCACACUUUUGAGCCUAGGCAAAAUGGGGAUUGUGAUUUAGAAUUGGAUGCUGAGGAGGGUUUGCUUAAUCCAAAUAAAGCUUUGUCUGUUGUUGUACAAGCACAAGAAUCUGAUGUGACAAAUGGUAUCAAGACUGAGGGCACUGAUAGAGGUCAAAGGCUAGAUGUAAAAGAUGAGCAAGGAUUGAGAAACGUUGCUGUUUUUGGCAGACGUCCUUUUCUUGUUGAUGCUCACUGGUUUAAAGCUAAAAUGGAAGACAAAGCAGUUGAUACCUCAGAUUUGGACAUUAAGGAAGAUCCCAUGGGUCUAAAUGGAAUUGACCUUAUUACAGCUGCUUUGCUUUUUUGCUUAGGGGAUUCACCUGGGGGAAGAGGCAUUUCAGACAGUCGGAAUGUUGAUGGCUAUCAUGUUGAUUUUGGAACACAGACUUUUUCAUUUCCAUCUGCAAUACUUGCUACGAAUACAAUGGUCGGAGAUAUUGCUUCAGCUUCUGCAUGCGAUCAUGCGAAUCCACAGCUUUCUAACCCCAGUCCCUUUCAGACACUUGGCCUGGAUUUGGUGCUGGAAUGUGUUGCAAGGUACCAAACUAAACAGAGAUCAAUGUUUACAUUCUUAUGUGGGCAACUAUUUAGAAGGGAUGAAUUUUCUUCUCAUUUCAAAAACGUUCACGGCGAUAUUCAUGCGGGUCUCAAUGGUUGGAUAGAACAAAGAUGUCCCUUGGCAUAUUAUGGAUGCACUUAUUCCCAACGCAGAUUUUGUCCUUCAUCACAAGGAUCAAGAAUUAUUCACGAUCGGCAUUUGAGAUCAUUUGGUGUUCAGCCUCAUUUAGCUAGUUGCUUUGAAAAUGCAAGGAGUUAUUCAGUAGGACUAUCGAAUGACCAUUUUAGUAAUUUACCGUACGAGGUUCUCCAGCACAUUGCAGGAUUCCUCGAUGGCUUUAGUUUAUGCCAAUUUUCUAGAGUAUCUAAACUUAUGAGGGAUGUUUGUGCCAGUUUGCUUCAAGCUCGUGGAAUGGUUGUUCUGUUGUGGGAAAAGAGACGGUACCCAUCUGGAAGUUCAUGGCAAAUCAAAGAAAAGGUUUGGAGAUUCAGCACAGCUUUCUGCACUGUACGGGAGUGGAAAUUCGCUGACAUUGUGAGCAUGGCGGAUCAUUUGAAGAAAUGCAGCUACAAUACUGUAGAGAAAAAAGAAGAGGCUGUUCCUCUUCCCUGCAUGUGUGUGACUCGGGAACUCACUAAAGAUGGGCGAUCACUUCGAUCUGUCUUGAAACCUGUCCUUUAACUACCCAAAAAAAUAAAGGGGACACUCCGUCUGCACAAACACUCAAGCACCAGUUUUAACCUCUAUACAGUAUAGUUUGUGACACUUUAAUAUUUAACUCAAAUCCACUCUCACUGUGUAUAUAACAAAUGGUUUUGGAAGUGAUGUUUAUUUUUAUAUAACAAACUAAAGUGUUUUAGUUGGAUGUUUAAGAAAUGCCUUAAAUUUUGUGGGAAACCUGAAUCGGCUGGACACUGACGUCUCAUCGGACUUUUACAAAUCUUCCCUGAUAAGCAGGUUAGCAUGUAGCUGGCUCACUAGUGCCGUUAUUCUGAAAAAAUAUAUGGAAGUGUUCAAAGAACAAUACAAAAAGUUCAUAGUCACAUCUCCGACCAAAAAAAAAAAAAAAAGUGAGAAGAAUGUAGUGGGUUUGUUUUGCAAAUAAAUGUGGGUCAGCUUUCAGUAAUUAAUGCAGGUAAACGUGCAGACCUCUAGAAAUAUUCCAUCUAGUUUUUGAGUAGCAAGGCCGGAUUUUCACCAAAUCUGUACGGACUCAUUGCUGGAGGAUCUGGUUUCUGUAAUGGUGCCAUUUGUCUCUGUAUAUCUUUUUGUCGUAUUCAUUAUAUGCACUUAAGUUUGAGCAGUUAUCAAGUGAAAGUAAGCAUACGCAACAUAAGCACUUUAUAUUGAUGUGUAUCAAGGCCUGGGAUGCUUUCUACUGCAGUGGGGAACAAUAAUAAAUUUGAUCACGUAGAGCUGAUUUUCAAUUUAUUCUUAUUUCCUUUAGAAAGUGUGUUGCAGUGUGUCUGUACAAGCUUUGUGCACUACCAACAUAUAUACAUUGGCAGCAGAACUCCAUCAAUAAAGGGCGUGGGUCGUACGGUAUGCAGAGUUUUCUGUUUUAACCUUCAUUCGGUAUGGCUUCGUUUUACAUAUUUUAAACAACACUUUCUCUUUUAUUAAAGGUUCUUAUUAAAAGGAAAAAAAAAUACAUAAUUUUAAAAUCUAUUUUUCCGUCUCAUGUUUUCCCUUAUCCUUUUGGGAUAAGAAAGCUUUUUUUGUUUUUUAUUGUGAAUUCUAAGUCGUCUUCCAGCCUGGCAAUGACCAUGUCUUUCAUGAGAUAUGCUUGAGUGCCUUUCAAACUAACUUGCCUACAUACUUGUAAGCAAUGCUGCCUUCCUCGUAUCGCAGGGGCAUCCAGAAUGCGGCCCAACAGCUGUUACACCACUAAGAUUUUCACAGUCCCAUAGCAGUCAGCAACUUGGAAGCCUUAUGUUGCAUGUCCCUGGUAUAAAGCAAUUCGAGCUGAAAUAUUUUCCUUUAUGCGAUCCCUACAGUCUCAAUACUCGAAUGCACGAAACCCUUAAUUGACAAGCAUAGACCAUUGGACCCACAGCAUGUUUUAUUGCAAUUACAGAUGCUUUCGAUUUUUUUUUUCUGUGGGUUGGGGGAUGUCGAUCGCAUACCAUUUGCAGUGUAAGUAAUAAUGAGCUAUGUUACUGUCAUUGUGCUUUUGGUUUGUAGCAUCAUGAAAUGUUUGCAACAUGUUUUCAGUUAGCGAGUAAGUACUCCCGAAGAAGCACUUUGCAUAUGCAGUAUUUAUUGUCAUUAAAAUGAAUUUAAUACAGCUGGAACAGUGGUUAUUGGUGCUGUGCAUCGUAACAAGAGAGCUGCUCGGCCUUAGAGCUUGACGAAAUGCCCAGCAUCAAGGUUGGACAAACAAGAGCCAUUGUUGAUGCCACGACACUGUCACUUGUGUGUUUCUUUUGGCUUUUUACCAGCAAUGCCGGGUAAGAAGAGGUUCCAUGUGAUUCAGGGGGGAAGUCUGACGUUUCUCUUUCUCACCGCAGCUGUUAGAAUUGAAUAUAUAUUUUUUGUUGUAUUUAAAAAUAACUAUUUAAAGUAGCUAAAUUAUUGCCAACUUGGUAACUACAACAUUUUAUGCACUACAUUCCUCCAUUAGAAAUGGCUCCCCCCCAACAUCAUGGUAAUAUUUUCCAUGAGUGGGGAUUUUUACAUGAAUAAUUAAUUUCUGAUAAUGAACAGUAUUCUUUAUUAGCUCAGGCUGGGAUUUGUUGUUGCAAGGUUCAGAUAGGAUAUCUUUGUACCUCAUGGGUUCUCUUUCAUGUAACCUGGGUAAAAUAAAAUAGUCUGAUGAAUCCUCGACACCCCCUGCCUCCCCGUCUGUUAUGGUGUUAUCUGUAGUCUGAUGACGGAUACAUAGUCAAGCUUGUUGCCUAGAUUGCUAUAAAUUAUCUAAUAAAGCAUUUUUUGGUUUGUUUUAAUUUAAAAUAUGAGAAAGAUCAAACGUAUUUGAUUCUGUUACUUGAUAUCACUGUUGUUUUCAAAACACUUUAUUUUCUAUUAUAUAUCUGUGUCUAAUAAACCUCUAAUAAACAUCUUUUUUUUUUUCUGGA